AUGUUCUGCUGUCGCCUCAUGAAUUAUGUGGGCAGCUUGGGCCCCUUGACAAUCCUCGAGAUUCGACAGCUGGUGGCGGAUGUCCGAGCAGGCUCAUUCAAAUCCUUGGGCUGUUUGAUGGAGCCUUUCCUUCAUUGCCUGAGCGCUAUGGACUGCCCGCAGGGGCGACAACACCAAGACGUGUACUCUGGCUGUGCCUUCUUGGCUAUGAUCAUUUUUUGGACACAGCUGUUGGACUUGGCCAUUUUUUCCGAGAAGAUCAUGGCGUGUGUUCUGGUGUGCAGCUGUUUGGUCGCAGAUAUGGCUCUAUUCCUUUUGGCCCUUCUCACCAUUCUCUUGGCCUUUACCGUAGCCAUUGGUACCUUGCAUUACCAUGUUUCCGAACAUGGAGGCGCAGGGGCCUGGCUCAGAGAGUUGACGCUGAUGGCCUUGAGGAUGUAUGCGCAAGAGCACUAUUUGGAGUUGAAGGGCAUUGCCCGGCUGAAGCGCGCGAACAUCACCUGCACCACCUUGAAAGACAUCCCCCAGCACCGGCGUAUGGCCUUCCUGGACUCCUUGGGCCUUGAGGUCUUAGAGCCCGCCAUCGAGAGGGUGGUCACAGAGGACACCAUCAAGCGCUUUGGGGGACCAAGUGCUCCAACCGUACCAUGGCCCAAGGAGCACAUCGAGGAGGUUUGGCCAGAUCGGUGCGCGUUUGGUGGCUGAAUUUGGGUUGAUGCCGAUGGGCUCUGCGCCGGCUCUAACCCACAAAGCUGUGUCAUCACUAAAGGGUUGGGAGCACAUGGGAAGACUUUCUGCUUUUACUGAACCAUGCCGGAGGGAACAUCUUGCUUGAUUCUUUCUGCGCCUUUGUUAACUUUUCACCGGGUCCAAAUCCUUGGAUUUAUUGCUUAAAAGGGUGCGACCCCCUUUUCAAGCCUUUGCGGCCAGGCUAGACCCCAAUGACUGUUGUAGUUGAAGGGCAACUGAAAGGAUAAAUUACCAACAAGAUCAUCGAUACAUGACAGGUGGGACGUGGGGAUGAACCUGCCAGCUUUCCCGCCGUGCAGGAGGAAGCGGACAAGCUGGCCGCUUUAGAAAACAAGCUGAUGAAGGUUGUCAAGAGUGGCAAGGCUCCGGGGGUCCACGAUGACUGAGGGAUGGCAGGUGAGAAUCUGAGGAUGGAACAUGGAUACUGCGAUUCAUAAUUCAUAGAUAUUCAUAGUUUAUGUUGGAGGCCUUGUUGAAACUGUUUGAAACUACACUACUACACUACUGUACAUUCAACAGUGAGGCGCAUCGCAAUAGCCGCACUUGUCAUGGCGGCAGCGGCGGAGAAGGGAGCGGCCCACGGCCGCUGGCGCGACCGCUGUGGGUGUCAGCAUGUGUGAGGAGGAGUGAGGGUGCAACCCCCCCAAGUUGUUGGACAGCCAAACAUGCCAUCGAGGCCGUCCGGCUGCAGGAAUUCACUACAUUGUACAUUGCAUGUGCCUGAGCAGGGGCGUGUACUUGCGUAAUUCGUGGGUCACGAAAGCGGGGGCGAAUGCGGAGCUGGAGAUCUCGGAAAUUCAAACAUGUCAGGUGGGCGGAGGGAACCAUGAGAAAUCAGUUGC